AAUUUGUUAUUUCUGUUCCAGAGGUGAUGGGGUUUGGUUCGGAAAUGAAUGGCUGCGGCCAGUUCGUCAAGUAUGGAAUGUUCGUCUCUAAUUUUGUUAUAUUUGUGGGAGGAAUCACUGUAUUCGUGAUCGGAAUAUGGACACUUAUCGACAAAUCGUUCAUCAACGAGCUCCUCGGCACGAAUCUUUUCAUGGGUGCCGUCUACAUCCUGAUAGCCACUGGCGCUCUGGUCACCCUCGUCUCGUUCUUCGGCUGUCUAGGAGCCAUCAAGGAGAUCAAGUGCAUGCUGCUUACGUAUUUCAUCAUGGUGCUGAUCAUCCUAGUGGUGAUGCUUGUGGGUGGUAUCCUCGGGUACGUGUUCCGCGAGAAGGUGCGGUACUCCAUGGAGCAGGAGAUGUACAGCAGCAUCAAGUCCUACAACGAGAAGAAGAGUCUCCGUCGUGCCUGGGACGACACGCAAGAGAACUUGCAUUGCUGCGGCGUAACGAGCUUCACGGACUGGCGAGGAGUCAUCCCUGACAGCUGCUGUAGGGAUCUGGCAGGCAAGAAACUGCCUUGCAAGUCAUUCCAGUCGGAUGGAAACAUCUACACAGAUGGAUGUCUUCGUGCGGCUGAAGUGUUCGUCAAAGACCACGCUUCCGUGAUUGGAGGAGCAGCUAUUACAGUGUCUUGUCUCAUGAUAUUUGGACUGAUCUUUGCGUUUAUCCUGUUCAAAGUCAUAUGAGAAGAAGAAAAGGUCUACUGAGGUUGCUGUGAGCUGGAAAAAAAUAAAUCAGCAAUGUUAUUCUUGUAAUGCGGCAAAAAGACUAGGACUUAGGUUAAGAAAAAUGUCUGAAAAGCAAUCUCACAAUCAACAUUUAAAAUUGAAUUGGAAUAUAUUGUGUGUUGUUGGUAAUAUGGACAAAUUCAAAAUAUUGUUUCUUGACUAUUUUCUAUAUGUAAUCUUACUUUUUGUAUAUAUGUGAGUGUAUUUCUUGUUGGUAAACUUAUAAAAAGAUUACCAAAAUUUUAAAAUCUAUUUUGAGGUUUGCUAAAAGAGUUAUGGUGCUUAUAACAACUGGUUGGACUUUUUUUAUAUUCACUGACCUAUUUUUUACUAAUUAUUUUGUGACAUCAUUACUUAAGAUUAAAGAAUCACAAUGACCAAUCUUCAAAUUAAAAUAUGUUUAAUUACACAUUUCCAAAAAAUUAAGAAUGUACCAAAAUCAAGGAGUGUAACCUUCCAUGAAAAAAGGGGUAAGAAAGUUUUCCCCCAGAACAUUUUAAUAAUAUGAAGUAUCUUAACAGUGUUUAUGCAUUUAUAAGGUUCAGGGAAAAUUUAGUGUGCAAACCAAAAGAGAGUAUAUUUAUAUAAAACCAACAAGCAGAAUUCGAGCAACUAUAAACCAAAUUUUAUGCUUGUAAGGCACUUGUAAAUGCCUGUAAAUUGAAAAAUUGUGAUAUAUCUAUUACAAUACAACAUUUUUUGAAGGGAAUUGACAUAUUAUUAUGGUAUAAAAUAUAAACAUUCAAAACAAACCUCAAAAGUUUUUAAUUAUACUAAUAAUUUUUUUAUGUUUUACUCGUGCAUAAGUGCAAUUUUACAAUGUAUAGUACUUGUAAAUGUAUAGUUUUAGUUUUUGUAAAUAUGAUUGUUUUUAAUGUUAGCAUAGCUAAUUAUUCUAAAAUCACAAGUUAAAUUAUUCUGCAUCCAUCGAAUUAUUGUGAUUUAUAAAAUAUUACCCAUACAAGUAUCAUAAAUUAUAUAGGUUUAGAGGAAAUCUUCACAUUAAUAAUAAUAUUUUUUAAAUAUAA